CCUUUUUCACUUAAUCAAACAAAAAUAUGAAUAUUCAAGGCAUGCUGGUUAAGGUUUGAGACCGUGUUGGUAUUCGGAUAUGUCUCAAGCCUCACACAUCUAUCUUCCGCGUCACUCAAUUAAAGAUAACAGUGAGAUUGGGCAUCACAGUUUACAAAUAUCCACUGAGAAUCUCUGAAUUCUUUCCUGAAUCAUCACCCCUCUUCCGUGGAUCAAUCAAACAAUGAUUCCUUGCAUUUCCCGCUUCCCUUGCCUUUAGCAUAUUCCUUGCCCGUGCAAGGCAUGUAUAAACAGAUUCCAUGCACAGGUUCUCCAUCGUUAUCCACUUCCUUAAAACAUAAACACAUCCCAUUCUUUCUCUAAUUUUACAGCUCCAUGGCUCGGGAGGAGUCACAGGUAAUACCCAAGAAUGUAAUAUUUGGUUUUAUAUUUUUUUCAUUUUCGAUAAAUUUAAACAAAUGGCAAGCACUAUCUGGCUAAUCCGUCAAAUGCAGGCACCUCGCGUUACACAGAUACAAGUCAGGGUGGACUGCAAGGGUUGCGUGCAGAAGAUCAAGAAGGCACUAAAUGGCAUUCAUGGUAUAUAUGAUCUUCAUGUUGACUUAAAUCGACAAAAGCUCACAAUUGUUGGGUGGGCAGAUCCAGAACAAGUUGUCAAAGCAAUUAAGAAGACAAAGAAGAAUGCCACAAUUUGCUCUAGUAUUGAACUGACACCUCCGUCUAAACCAACAGAAUCAAAACCAAAAGGAAAUGCACCAGCCCCUAAUACUGCGCAACCACCGCCACAAGCUCCACCACCUCAAGCAAGCCACCCAUUAGAAUUACCGCCACAGCAACCACCACCUGAAGCAACACCAUCAUCAUUCAUACCUACACCAAAACAGCACAACGCAGCCUGGAAGUGGCAGAAUAACACAAGAACAGAAGAUCUAGAACAGGUUCAUGUGACACACCAUGAUUCGUCUAACUACGCAAACAGAUUCAGUUCUGGCCACAACCAUGCCGAGCACUGGCACCGAUACGAUAAUGGCCCUGUAUUUCUGCAAGAGCCGUCACCGUCAAUGUAUGUGACACACAGCUAUAAUACACACAUGCCUUCGUCGCACGUCACUGAAUACGAAUACGUUAGAUCACCAUCAAUGCACACACAUUACAAUUGCAUAGAACACUACAGUGGAGAUUACCAAAACGGCAAUGUAAACAUCGCUUCAAUGUUCAGCGAUGAUAAUCCGAAUGCCUGUUGCAUUGUGUAGUCAGAAAUUAGAAUGCUAA